AGCGGCGGGAGGGAGGCGGCUCGGACGGAGGGACCCGCACUGCCCCGGCCCGGCCCUGGCUGCCGCAGCGCUCGGCUGGAGAGGACGCCGGGCCGAGGGCCGCAGGGAGUGCCCGGUACCUGCUCCGCACCUGCAGCCGCGUUUGCUGCGAGCUCUGCUGCGUUCGAGCUCCGUGGGAUCACCUUCACAAGGCAGGGGAGGUCACUGAUGUCUGGGACCAGGGGACCCACUGGACUGCUAUGAAGAGCUCUUUGCUCUGGGUGAACAAAGGCACUGUUUUCCUGGAGACCCAGAAGUGACUUCCAGAGGAUCCUCUCAGAAGCUCAGCUUGUAGAGUGGAGAACUUGUAAUCUGUUUGUGCUGACUCCGGAAAGCUGAGCAAAGCACCAUGAGUAGCCAUCAGACAGUAAAAAUCUUCAAGAAAUCUUCUAUCCCAGGAGUUGUUAUCACCCAGUUUGUGAAUGAUAUUCCACAAGGAUGCAGUACACCUGAUUUUGAGAAGAAACCACUCAGUCUGACAUUGCAGGAAGGCAAAAAUGCCAUUUUCAGAGCUGUAGUCAAAGGUGUCCCAGCUCCUGAGGUGAAAUGGUCACGUACACGGAAAGGAAUGGAUGAUCCUGCCAAAUAUGAAAUGUCCUUCAAUAGUGCUACAAAUGAAUUCAUUCUGCAGAUCAAGAGCCUGGUUCUGGAUGACAGUGAUUUGUAUCGCUGCUGUGCUGUCAAUGCCUACGGAGAGGCCUCGUGCUCUGCUGGCCUCAGGAUCAUCCAAGUCGGCUUUAAGAGGAAGGCAAAGUAUGUUCCUGUUCAUGCUGCUGAUGAGCUCAAGAAGACACUCCUGAACUCCAAGAAGCUGCUGAGGAAGAGGGUUGCAGCACCAAAACCGAAACCUCUGGACAAAGAAGCUGUGUGGCAGCUGUUGCUGCAUGCAGAUAAGAGAGAUUAUGAGAAAAUCUGUAUGAAAUAUGGAAUUGCUGACUUCCGUGGGAUGCUGAGGAAGCUGCAGGAGAUGAGGAAGGACACAGAGAGUGAACAAGACAAGUUAAUUCACAGUCUCAAAAACUUUGAACACAUCAAAGUCAACAAGGAGGGAAAUGCUACUUUCAGCCUGGAGAUGGAGCUGAAAAACAGCAACAGCAACGUUUACCUGCUCAAGGACGGUGAGCGGCUCCGCUACGGGACCGGGGAUGAGUACAGGAAGCACUGCCUGCGGAGAGUUGGGAGGAGGUACUACUUCACUGUCAAUGAUGUGCAGCCAGAGGAUGCAGGGGUGUACCAGGUCAGGGUGGAGGACGUCCCUGUCUUCUCAACUGAACUGGAUGCUCAAGCCAUCCCGGCGCGGUUCCGGCAGCCGCUCUCCGACGUGCGCUGUGCCGAGGCCGGGGACGCCGAGUUCCAGUGUGUGCUGUGCACGCCCUGCCACCAGCCCCUGUGGCUGCACAAAAGCCACCCCCUCCAGGCCAGUGACAAGCACCAGAUCUCUGUGACACCUGAUGGCCUGACUCACAAGCUGAUUGUCAGGAACGUGGGGCCCUCGGACAGUGGCUUGUACACGCUCGACGCGGGACAGGGCUCCUCCAGUGCCUGGCUCCUUGUGGAGUAUGACAAAGGAAAGAGAAGACAGGAUGAAGGAGAAAAGGCUGGAAGGGAGACAUCUGAGUGGCUGAAAGAAACAAUGGCAGACAAUGAAAGGGCAAGGAAGCUUCGGCGCAAAGAACAAGCUGCUGCUGAAGAUCGUUCUUCCUUUUCCACAUCCUCUGGUGUGGAGAAAAGUGGCUGGAACAGAACAGGUCAAGGCAGCAGUCAAGGCAGGGGCCAAGUACACUCUGUUGAUUCUGAUGAUGGAAGCCAAAUAUUUUUGGGAAAAGAAGGGCUACGCAAAACCCACAUGAAUGGAGAGAUGGGGUCUGGGCAGUUUUCUGGAGCAGGUCUAGAUGGAGAUUUGGCAGCCAAUGACGGCAGCAUCUUUGGACUAAAAGGCUUAGGGGGCAGAAGUGGGUUAAGGGCUGUCCAUGGCAGGGACUCUGUGUCAGGCAAAGCAGGUCCUGGUGGUGCUGUAGGAGGGGCAGGUGAAUGGAAUUCUGUGGAUGGCAGAGGUGAAGGUUUGCUGGGUACUGUUAACAUUGACAUGGAUGAUGGAGAAGGUUUGGACUCUCAGCAUGACAAGGAUGGGAAUUUAGGUGAUGCCAGUUACAGAGCUGGUUUUGGGGGUGCUGGGAGGUUGGGUGGUGGAAGUUCUGGGCCAGAUGGGCUUCAUCCUGAUUCAACUGGAGUGGGAGCCAGUGUGGGUGUUCUGUUCAGCAGGACUGGUCCAGGAACUGGAGCUGGGGGGAAUGCUGCAGGUGCUGGAAUGGCAGGAGGAAUGAGGGCUCAGCAUGGCAAGGAUGGGCAUGCCACUGUGGGUGAUAUGAUCGGAGCAGGUAUAAACAGAGAGGGACAAACAGGGACUCCUUAUGGCAAGGAUGGCCUGACACCUCAUGCCAGUGGUCAUUUAGGGCAGACAGGAAGAUCUGGCUCAUUGUAUGGGCCAGGAGGCCUUCCAGGUAGAGAUGGGGCUACACCUGGUACAGGUGGCAAUUCCACAGGAGAAAUGGAGGCUUUGUAUGGUCCAGAUGGCCAGGCACUGGGAACAGGUGCUGGUGGUGUGGGUGGAGCUGGUGCAGGGGAAUUUGGGUCUCCCUAUGGAAAGGAUGGUCUUCCAGCUGGGGCUGGUUUUGGUGGGGCUGGUGGUCCAGGGGGACUUGGAGCUCCCUAUGGGAAAGAUGGUCUUCCAAUUGGAGUAGGUGCUGGUGGUGCAGGGGGACAUGGAUCUCUCUAUGGAAAGGAUGGUCUCCCACCUGGGGCUGGUGGAACUGGUGCAGGAGGAUUUGGAGAGGCUUUGUAUGGUCCAGAUGGUCGGCCACUUGGAGCAGCUGUUGGUGGUGGUGCUGGUGCAGGGGGAUUGGGAGUUCCCUAUGGAAAAGAUCAUCUCCCACUUGGAGCUGGUGUUGGUGGAGUUGGUGUAGCUGGUGUAGGGGGAUUUGGAGCUCCCUAUGGGAAGGAUGGUCUUCCAGCUGGAGCAGGUGCUGGUGGUGCAGGAGGAUUUGGGGAGGCUUUGUAUGAUGGUCGGACACUUGGAGCUGGUGUUGUUACUGGUGGUAGUGGUGCUGGUGCAGGGGGAUUUGGGUCUCCCUAUGGGAAGGAUGGUCUCCCAGCUGGAGCUGGUGGAGCUGGUCUAGGACUUGGAGAGGCUUUGUAUGGUCCAGAUGGUCAGCCACUUGGAGCAGGUGUUGGUGGGUCUGGUGGUACAGGGGGACUUGGAUCUUUGUAUGGAAAAGAUGGCCACCCAGCUGGGGCUGGUUUUGGUGGUGUUGGUGCAGGGGGACCUGGAGCUCCCUAUGGGAAGAAUGGUCUUCCAGCUGGAGCUGGUGGAGCUGGUGCAGGAGAACCUGGAGAGGCUUUGUAUGGUCCAGAUGGUCAGCCACUUGGAGCAAGUGUUGGUGGUGCUGGUGCUGUGAGUGCCAGGGGAGUUGGAGCUCCCUAUGGAAAGGAUGGUCUCCCAGUUGGAGCAGGUGCUGGUGUUAGUGAUGCAGGGGGUGUUGGAGCUCCCUAUGGAAAGGAUGGUCUCCCAGUUGGAGCUGGUGUUGGUGAUGCAAGGGGAGUUGGAAGUCCUUAUGGAAAGGAUGGUGUUCCAGUUGGAGCAGGUGUUGGUGGGACUGGUGGUGAACAGGAAGUUGGAGCUCUUUAUGGAAAGGAUGGUCUGCCAAUUGGGACUGGUGGUGGUGCAGGGGGAGUUGGAGGUCCCUGUGGAAAGGAUGGUCUCCUACCUGGGGCAGUGGCAGGAGCUGCUCAUUUUUCUCCUGGAGGUGAGGAAGUGAUGGGAUCUGGCCGUGGCAUGGAUGCCGCACUGAGCAGGGCUCCGGGAUAUGCAGGUGGAGCAGGAGGAGAGGGCUUUUCCAGGGAAGGCUCUGCAAUGUGGGGUGCAGGGUCUCCCUAUGGUGAGGACAGAGGGUCAGCUGUAGUCACAGCUGGUGCAGGUGGAGUUGGGAUGUGGGGAGGGGAUGAAUGGGAUUCAGUCCAUGGUAAAGGAGGUUUGGGAGCUGCUGGUGGACCAGGUGGUGAAUAUGGGCUGGAUGCACAUCUUGGCAGAUCUUCAAGAGGUGAGACUGGAAAGGGCACUGCCAGUGAUGUCAGAGGACUAGGGAACAAAGGUUCAGCUGGUGACAGAGGGUCCCUGUCUGGUCCAGGAGGAGCCAGGGGAGAGGGCAGAGAUUUCAGACAGUUGGGCUCCCUUUAUGGCACAAAUUCUGCCUUUGGAGAGGCAGGGAGUAAAUCCCAUGACAGAUCUGUUGACGGGAGUAGUUCAGAUGGGUUAGGUCAAGGUCCACUGAGUUAUGGCCAGGUGUCAGGUCCUUUUGGUGGACCUCCUUCAGCAAACCAGGAACCUGAUGUGGAUCUUAAAGCGAAUGAUUCCCUGAACAAAACGGAAAGCACAACACAAAAGAGACGGAGUGUCCUGGAUGAUCUCAAAGUCCCGCGCUGUUACCUCAACAAGCAGCUGGCAACUGUGCGAGUGCUGAAGGGGGAGCCAGCUGAGCUGUCCUGCACUGUCAGCAAGGACAACGUCACAGGAACCUGGUUUAAGGAUGGCCUAAAGUUAACAAGCAUGGAUGGAGUCGUCUUUGAAAAGAAAGGUCUUGUCCACAAACUGAUCAUUAACAAGGCUGAAGAUAUUCAUGCUGGGAAAUACAGGUUUGAAGGUGGAGAUGUAAAAACUGAAGCUUCAAUUUUUGUUGAAGAUCCUCCCCAGGUGGACAAAGUUCUCCUCAAGAAUUUGACCAGUGUCCCCACAGUGGCCAAGGCCGGGGAGGGGGUGAAGCUGCGGAUCCCAUUCGAGGGUCGGGGGCCCAUCAGGGCGGCAUGGCUGAAGGACAAGAUGGAGCUGGGGGAUGACACCAGGAUCCGUGUGGACAAGACAGACACCUGCACCACGCUGUCCAUCUCCAGCUGCGACAGGAGGGACUGUGGGGAUUACAAAGUCAGGCUCAAGAAUGACAGCGGUGUCCUGGAGAUCAACCUAAAGCUCAUGGUGAUAGACAAGCCACAGCCUCCAGCAGGACCCAUCAAAAUUGUAGAAAGCUCUGCCAACAACAUCACCAUCCAGUGGAAGCCCCCAAAGGAUGAUGGGGGCAAACCAGUACAAAGGUACCUUGUGGAGAGGCAGCAGGUGGGCAGGAACGACUGGGAGAUACUGGGAGAAACCCCCAGGAGCUGCACCAGCUUCACCAUGAGCAAAGUGGAGGAAGAGAUGAGCUACUACUUCAGGGUGAGAGCCAUGAAUGCUGAGGGAGUGAGUGAUGCGCUGGAGUCAGGGGAAGUGAAGGCUGCUGGUAAAGCUUCCCCUGGUGCCCCAGAUCCCCCUGAGAUCAUCAGUGCCAGCAGAGACACCAUCACCAUAUCCUGGAAAGCUCCUUGUAAAACUGGCACGUCCCAAAUUAUGGGAUACAUUGUUCAGAAACGCAAGAAGGGCACUGUGACCUGGCUGCCAGUCAACAACGUGCCUGUUAAAGACAAGAAACUGAAGGUGACCAGCCUCAAGAAGGGUGUGCAGUAUGAGUUCCGCGUGGCAGCUGUCAAUGCUGCUGGCAUGGGACAGCCCAGUGACCCCUCAGAACCUGCCUUUGCCCGGGACCCCACCAAAUCUCCAGGCCAAGUGCAGGACCUUAAAGUGAGCAGCAGUGACAGCAGCAGUGUCACCUUGACAUGGAACAAACCUGAAGUACAAGAUGGGAAUGAUGUGAAAGGCUACGAGGUGGAGAUGAGGCGCUGUAACAGCCUCAGCUGGACCAAGUGCUUCACGCUCCCUGCAGAGAGCACCUCGUGCAGGGUGCAGGGGCUGCAGGCCAGGGAGAAGCUGUUCCUGCGUGUGAGGGCCCUCGGCGACGGCGGCCCCGGGGAGGCCUCGGAGCUGCAGGCGUGUGCGGGAGCUGCUGCCGCUGCCAUGGUCUCUCCCAGGUUACUGAUAGAUGACACAGUGAAAAGCUUCCUGGUUAUAAAAGCAGGAAAUCCCAUCCGGGUGAAGAUUCCCUUUGAGGGAUCUCCCGAGCCGGUGGUAACCUGGUUAAAGGAUGGGCUCCCCCUUCCCAGCCGGGCUGCCGUGAGCACCGAGGAUGGGAGCAGCCAGCUGCUGCUCAGGGCAGCCGAGCUCAGUGACAGCGGCACCUACACUGUGGAGCUUGGGGAUGGGCUGGGGAAAAGGGAAACCUUCAGCUUCCAGGUUCAAAUUACAGAUAUUCCUCAGCCCCCUGGAGCCAUCCGGCUGGAGGAGAAUGUGCCCAACACGGUGACAGUGACCUGGGACCCCUCAGCAUCUGAGCAGUGGGAGAACAACCUGUAUUACACUGUCCUGAAACGGGAAUCCCAGAAGGGCCUGUGGCAUGUGCUGGGAGAUCUGAUCUACAACAACAAGUUCACCUUCACCAGGGUGGUCCCAGGAAGGGAUUAUUACUUCAGGGUUGUGGCAAAAAAUGAUCUGGGAGCCAGUGAUCCAUCAGAGACUGUGCAGCCCUGGAGGAUCUGGAAAAAAAAGGCUGAAUUUCACGUGAAAGCACAGAAAUACAGAGGAGUCAACCAGAACCAGCACCCGAGGUUCCUGGUGCCACUUAAGUCACACGUGGUGGUGAUGGGCAGCGAGUGUCACAUGAGCUGUGCUGUUGGAGGCCAUCCCCCACCAAAAAUCACAUGGUACAAGGACAGCAGAGACCUCUCCAGAGAUCCCAACUACUUCUGCACCAAUGACUUUGGAGUGUGCUCCCUGGUGGUGCUGGGGGUCACCAAGCAGGAUGAGGGGGAGUACAUGGUGGAAGCCAGCAAUGAAGUGGGCCGUGCCUUCAGCAAAGCCUUCCUUGCCAUCAAAGACUCCUCCCUGUAGCGUGGCCCUGCUGAGUAUCCCUGUACGGCUCUGAGGAUGUGAAGGUUUUGGUGAGGACUCGUCCAUAUGAAGGCUGUGCAUUUAUUGUCAGAUGUUCGUCACAGUCUAAGGGUGUUAUUUUUCAGAUCCAGUAAUUGCAUGUUGAACAUGGUGCUGCAUUGCCAUCAAUACUGGGGGAAAAAAAGUUUUAAGAGCACUGUUUUGUUUUUGGUUUUUUUUAAUGAUCAGGCUUUCUAUGAGACCUUUAAAACACAGCUUAGAAGCUUCAGGAGCACAGAAGAUGAAAGGAAAAAUAAUUGGCCAAAACAAAAAUUUCCAUGGAGAACACAGGUGGGAGAGACCAUCCUGCCACACCACUCACCUGCCACAGGGACCUUUCUGGACAUGACAUAUCUAAUAUCAGGGAUCUCUGAUCCUUUCACAUAUGCUUUUUCAAGCCAAAACAAUCACUUUGGAUUCCAUGUGAUUCUCUGCGGGUUUCCCAAAUCUGGCAAAAGCAGUUCUGCAUAUGUUCUACUACCAGUAUCUAACAUACCUACUGCUAAGUAGAUUAUCUUCCCUAACCCCUAAAUUUAAAAGAUCAUCUGCCUGCUCAUUUUGUCUGGGCAGGAGAGGAAACCUCAGACCAGCCAGGCAUGGGGUAGGUGAAGCUCCCAGUGCAAAUGCACUAAUGGGAAGGAUUGGCAGUCUACAACCACUGUGUGAGCAGAGCAACUCCAAAAAUCCCCAGCAUGUGCUGUACCAAGGCUGUGUCAGUCCUGAAUCACCCCCAGCAUCACCUGUGCAUCCCAACUCCCCUGGUUACGGCACUGCUGGUAGUCUUUGCCUUGAGCAGAAAGAGGUGAAAAAUCCUUCUUGUCUGACCAGACAUACGAGGGAUCCCCAGGGACCUCCUGCCAUGGCCAGGGGUUCCCAUCACUGGGCCUGGACAGCAAAAUGUUCUGGUGGCUGUAGGAGGGUGUCACAGCCAGAGCACCGAGGGUACCUCAUGACAGGAGAGAGCAGAGCCAAACACAGCUGUGGGGCUGGAAUGUUCUUGGGAUUACAUUUUGUACAAUGAACAGAUGUACAUUGCUACAGAUGUAGCAGCAGUAGAUAAUGAAAUUAAACCACAAUUCAGUGAAAUCUA